AUGUCUGAUAACAGUGAAGUACAAGGUAUACAUCCAGUCGAGUUAAGUGUGUAUUCGUUGGUUUCAUCAGACCUGGAUAAUCUAUACCAAGCAAUCAACGAACUGCGAGAGUCCCAAGCACUACUGAUCUUAAAGUUGCGGACUGUAAGAGACUCGUUAAGGCUGGAGAACGAGCUCUUGUUUGACUCCAACGAAUAUAAAGCCCAAUUUAAAGAGGUAAACAAUCUGCAGAAACGGUUACAAAAGAUAACUUUACGCUUGAAAGAUCUUGAGAGAAGAUCCAGUCAAUUAACUACCAGCUCGUGA